CUCCAAACUCCCAAGCAAAGACCUGUACUUUGCUCAUUCCAAGAUCUCUAGCUCUCUAUAAAUAACUCCCAUGUACUCCCCUGAUCACUUCCCUCACUCUUUUUAAUUUCUCUAAUCAUAAUAAUCAUCAUUAUUAGUAGCUGCAGGAGUUGAAGCUAAUCAACGAAAUGGAGGAGCAGAAAGCAGGAGGAAGUGAUGGGAUGAAGAAAAGUGAGUCAGAAUUGGCUGAUUUUUCUGCUGAGAUUUAUGGCUUCUUCAGUGAUAUUUUUUCUGGUGAUCUUUCUUCUUUCCCUGUCAACAAAACUCGGGACAUCGUGAAUGGUUUCUCAACUUGUGGUGGAUUAACAGAAUCCUGCUUCCUCUGGUCUCAAAAUACCAAUCCCAAGAAUUCCAGUGUUUCAGUGUCUACUGAUGCCCAGUCAUCACUUUGUGUUGGCAGUCCAAUGUCUGCUAAUAAACCAAGAGUGAAAGAUAGCCAAACUAGAGUUGCUGCCAGUGUUUCGUCUCCUGACCAAUCAGAUGAAGAUGGUCUGUCUGAGCAGAGCACAAACCCUCAUGACAUAAAACGUAUUAGAAGGAUGGUUUCGAAUAGGGAGUCGGCUAGACGAUCGAGAAAAAGAAAACAAGCACAUUUAUCAGAUCUUGAAGUUCAGGUUGAUCAUAUGACAGGAGAAAAUGCAUCUCUAUUCAAGCAACUUUCAGAUGCUACCCAACAAUUUCGUACUGCUGAAACAAAUCGUCGUGUGCUUAACUCAGAUGUUGAAGCUUUGAGAGCCAAGGUGAAGUUAGCAGAAGAUAUGGUUGCUCGAGGUUCAUUGACGUGUAAUAAUUUGAAUCAAUUUCUUCAGAGUCAUCUAACUUCUCCUCAACUGCUCAAUAAUCAUAACUUACAUCUGAUGCCAAAUGUCUCACCAACUAUAACAAUCCAGGGAGAUGAAGCAUAUGCCGGAAUGUCAGUUUCGGGACAGAAUUCAGGACUUGGACUUGGAAGUGCAGAUAUCAGCAAUGGCAAUCUUAAUAAUGGCAUCUUAAGUGAUGCAGCAAGCUGUAUAACAAACAUUUGGUCUUAAGAAUCUGAUUAACUCUUCGUAUCCAAUUAGGCCGAUUCCCAUGCUGCAUGGAUGUUAUAAUUCUAUCAUCAUCAUUAUUCUUGUAUUAGAAUUAAGUAUCAACAUUUCUAAGAUACAUGAUAUUUAUGCUAUAUCUUAAGAUAUUUGCAACUA